CAGCUGAGAGGGACCAUCUGACGGGAAGUGUUUAAUUAGCGUCCCCUGCUCCUGUCUAAGAAGGAAGGAGCUUACUCUUGAAUCCGGCGGUCAGAGGAGCACAGCGACUUGCGCAGAACUCGGCGUGAGAGACAGCUGAAGAUUUGGGAGCUGCUGAGUGACGCUUCUACUAUUGCACGCUGAUAUUUGUCUCCACCUCCUGCCUUUCAUUAUAAAUGAAGCUCACAAGAAGUGCUGGGAGAAUUCUGAACAGGGGCACUGGUGCAGCAGCAGCAGCAGCAUUUCAGCUUCGGAGAAGAAUCUGACACGUGGGGACGUGCAAGGCAUUUCAAGGAAAAAAGGCAACUCGGUUAAAAACAAAAUACAAAGAAGAUGCUCAACGCUGGGAUCUUCAUUUUAAGCUUCUGGUUCACCGUAGGGGAAGGGUACGUAGCCGGGAAGAAGCCGUAUCAGAUUCAGAACGGGCCGUGCAGCUACACGUUUCUUCUGCCCGAGCAGGAGACGUGCCCCCCAAGUAGCUAUGGCAACCAGGUGCAGAAAGACGAUCCGGAUGAAUACGAGGAGUCGCUACAGAGGCUGGAACAGCUGGAGACCAUCAUUGAGAACAACACGCAGUGGCUGCUCAAGCUGGAGAGCUACGUCCAGGAGAACCUGAGGAAAGACAGGGUCCAACUUCAGCACGACACUGUGCAAAACCAAACGGCGGCCAUGAUCGAGAUCGGUGCCAACCUCCUGAUUCAGACGGCUGAGCAGACGCGAAAGCUCACCAGUGUCGAGGCACAGGUUAUAAAUCAAACAAUGAGGCUUGAACGUCAGCUUCUUGAAAAUUCAAUCUCAACGCAUAAACUGGAAAAAGACAUGAUCCUGCAGACAAACGAAAUAACUAAACUCAGCGAUAAAAACAGCUUCCUGGAGAAGCGUGUGGAGGACAUGGAGGGCCAAAGGCAGGCGGAGCUGAAGAGUCUGCAGGAGGAGAAGGAGCAGCUGAAGAAGCUGGUGGAGGAGCAGAAGGGCACGAUAGAGGAACUGAAGCAGCAACUGCAGCGCACGUCUGAGGAUAACAGCGAACUGCGACAGCAGCAGCAUGAACUGGAGGAGACGGUCAACAAGCUCAUCCAGAGCAUCAACGUCCCCAGCUCAGAUAAACUGGCGAUGAUGCAGGACACGCCCUCGCAGUACAGUGACUGCGCUGCCAUCUUCAAGUCUGGAAACAAAGAAAGUGGAGUCUACACGCUUACAAUCCCCGACACAAAAGAACAAAUAAAGGCGUACUGCGACAUGGACACCGAGGCAGGUGGAUGGACAGUAGUGCAGAAGCGAUUCAGUGGCCUUGUUGACUUUGAUCAGACGUGGAAAGAAUACAAAAUGGGGUUCGGAGACGCUUCAAGUGAACACUGGCUGGGGAACGAGUACAUCUCCAAGCUGACGAACGAGCAGCAGUACGUGCUGCGGAUCGAGCUGACGGACUGGGACGGGAACACCGCUUUCUCGCAGUAUGAGGAAUUCUCCCUGAGCAGCGAAGAGCAGAAGUACAGGAUACACCUUAAAGGCUACAGUGGAACUGCGGGUAAAAUCAGCAGCCUUGCCCAGCCAGGAAGUGACUUCAGCACAAAGGAUGCAGACAAUGACAAAUGUGUUUGCAAGUGUUCACAGCUCACCACAGGAGGCUGGUGGUUCGACGCCUGCGGACCCUCCAAUCUCAACGGUGUAUACUAUCAGCACGGGCAGCACACCAAUCGCUUCAAUGGUAUCAAAUGGUACUACUGGAAAGGCUCUGGAUAUUCACUAAAAGCGACAACUAUGAUGAUAAGACCGGUGGGUUUCUGAGGAGCAAAUGGGGUGCAACAACGUUUUCAAAACUGAUAU